CCUCUCCCCCGCCCGCCACUUUUUUUAUUUUUAUUUUUAUUUUUAUUUUUUUAUUUUUUUUCUCGACAUCCACUUCCUAGCCAUAUUUGCACGAAUCCCGCCAUAAACAUGCGAUGCGUCGCCCACGUGGCCCCGGAGGCCGGUUCUUGACAUCCCAAGAGAUCGCAGAAAUGGAUCGUCUCCAGGCCUCGUUCGAAGCCCAAGGCGGUGUCGGACCCCUGGGAGGGGACAUGCAUCUGGCACACCAUCAACAUACACCCGAGCAACAGCAAGUCUUUAUUCUGCAACAAAUUCAACAGCAGCGUCAACAGCAGGCUCAGCAGGCUCAGCAAGGACAGGGACAAGGACAGGGACAAGGACAAGGACAGGGACAAGCUCAGGGACAGGGGCAGGGUCAGGGUCAGGGUCAGGGACAGGGUCAGGGACAGCAGCAGCAGGGGCCUUAUCCGCAGCAGCAGCAUGGCGGAUAUCUCAUGCAGCCACAGUUAUUUCAGCAACAGCAGGAACAACAGCGAUAUCAUCCAGACCAGUAUGGCACAAAUAACAUCUCUUACUCUACAGCUGGAGCCGCUCAAGCCCUGUACGAUCCCUCGAAUAUAAUCAAGCUCGAACCGCAGGAGAGUCAUUAUUCGAACCAGCAUCAUCCGAUUACGAGUGAUAACGUAAAUGGCGAGAACGGGAAGAACACAUCCUCACCGGAGAACCGAAGUGGUGAUCAGACAGCUGCUGCAUAAGCUUUCAUUUCAUAUUUCAUUUUUCAUUUCUUUUAUUUUCUUUUUUUUUCAGGAAAGAAAAAUAACAAACAUCUCGGCUGCGAAAAAAAGCACUUUCGAAAUCUUUCAAGCGGAUUGCAUAUUUGUUUAUUUGGGUGAAUUAUGCUUGGGAGAGGAUUUGCUGCU